GUGCGUCCUCGGCAGCAGCGGCUUCUGUUUGAGGUGUUUGAUGAAAACCGCCUGCCCUUAACAUGUUUGGAAAUGAGAACAAAUGGCACAAAGCUUACGAUUGCACUUUGCAGCGCGAAGAAGCAAUACUUACCCUUUGUCAGAGAGCUCCGGAGAUGUUUUGGAUAGCGGCGUUCACAUGGGCUUCCAAAGACCGGCACGGAUUUCAGCGUCCAACGUUGUUCAGAUGAAGCUGUUGCCCAGGCAGAACGCGCUCGCUUCGACAGGCAAGGAAAGCGUUCCGUCUCGGGAAAGCACAUCUGUUCCUUCCCCAGAGAACGUUCAUAAAAAGAGCAGCUGCCUACAGAUUUCACUGCAGCCCACAAGGUACGGCGGAUGUCUUCGGUCUAGCAGUGUCUUAACUGACGGUGAUGAUGCUUCAUUUCCUUGUGCCCUGAAGGAUGGCAUUUACAGUAUUGCUGUGGCGGAGAAUGACCCGAGCCCCGCGAAUGACUGUCACCUUUUAAGCAGUUCUGCCACUUGUAGCAGUAGCCUUAGUAACUUUUCCGCCAGUGAGAAUGGGUCUUACAGUAGCAACGGGAGUGACUACGGAUCCUGCACAAGUAUCACCAGUGGAGGUUCCUAUACCAGUAGCAUCAUCAGUGACAGCAGCGGUUACACUUUCCCCUCGAUGGAUGACCCUUUUUUUAGUGGAAAUUCGUCUUCCGACAACACUUCCACUAGAAGUGUGCCAAGCAGGAUUACGACUUCCUGUGAUAUUUUUGCAAGAAGUACACACACAGUUCCAUGCGUCCCGGAUGACUUAGGGCAUGGGCUAGAGAUAAUGAAGCUGCCAAUGAGCGGGAAUUCGAAAAUCCCACUGAAACGAUGUUCCUCCUUAGUCAUUUUCCCAAGGAGUCCUUCAAACACGCCACCAGUUUCACCAACCAGGACAGCGGGUACUCUUCCCAGCCACGGAGCCUAUCAAACCUCGCACCGGUUUACUGUGUCUCCUAGUGAAGUUGCCCACAGUGAAGAUGGUCCCGGUGCGAAGGGGUUUCUCUCGACAGCUGUCAAUGGCCUUCGGUUAUCUAGAACAGCCUGUCCUGCCGGGGAGGUAAGAGACAUACGGCCGCUUCACCGGAAGGGCUCUUUACACAAGAAAAUCGCUCCUGCAAGUAAUAGUCCCAAUCAGAGCGCCUGUGAAAAAUCAGCGGAUGGGCUUUCUUGCGUUUCUGUGUGUUUCACCCAACCAAAAGCAACCGCCUUCGACGGUGGAACAGCAGAUGGUGAUUGCAAAGCAGAGAUGUCAGAAGUGAAGCUUCAUUCGAAUUCAGAGCGUGUUAGACUUCGGAAUAGGACUGCUGACUGUUUGCUCUCCUCCCCAAAUGUAGGUUAUCAGGGAAAUAUCAGUGGACAACCAGAGAGACCAAAUCCACAGAGAAACAGAAACAACGUUACUUUGCAAAGAAGUAUUUCCUUGGGAGGAACUUACCCAAAUGUUUCCUGUUUAUCCAGCCUUAAGCACAAUUGUUCUAAGGGGGUACCAGCUCAGUUACUCAUAAAGCUUGCAUCUGGAAAUGAAGGUAUAGUCAAUAAUUUAUCAGGCGUGAGCAACAGAGAAUCCACAAAUCAACUGUCUGAUUCUUUGAAACAGUCUUGUCAGACAAGAGAUGAUUUCCUAGGUCAAGUGGAUGUGCCUCUUUACCCAUUACCGACAGAAAAUCCAAGAAUGGAGAGACCAUAUACAUUUAAGGAUUUUGUUCUUCAUCCAAGAAGUCACAAAUCAAGAGUAAAAGGUUAUCUGAGAUUAAAAAUGACCUACUUGCCCAAAACCAGUGGCUCAGAAGAUAACGCAGAACAGGCUGAGGAAUUGGAGCCUGACUGGGUUGUUUUGGACCAACCAGAUGCUGCCUGCCACUUGCAGCAGCAGCAAGAACCUUCCCCUCUGCCCCCGGGAUGGGAAGAGAGGCAGGACGUUCUUGGCAGGAUCUACUACGUGAACCAUGAAUCCAGAAGAACACAGUGGAAACGACCAACUGUUCAGGACAGCUUGACAGACGCCGAGGACGGCCACAUCCAGCUGCAAGCACAGCGUGCCUUUACGACGCGGAGACAGAUAUCUGAGGAGGCAGAAAACGCCGACAGCCGAGAAUCCUCAGAGAGCUGGGAAAUCAUCCGAGAAGAUGAAGCCGCCCUGUACGGCAGCCAGACCUUCCUCUCGCCCCCACCGUCCGUGAACUUGGAUGUUCAGACGCACCUUGCGGAAGAUUUGAACGACCGGCUCAUGAUCUGUGGGAAUUUGGCCUCCAGCCAGCCAGCAUCCAGCUCAGCCCGCCCCGGCAGAAGAGGCAGCUUGCAGGCCUGUGUCUUCCAGGAGCUGCCCGCGCUCCCCGUGCUCCUGCCAACUUCCUCUGGAUUGCCACCAGGCUGGGAAGAAAAACAAGACGAGAGAGGACGGCCGUACUACGUAGACCACAACUCUAGAACCACCACCUGGGUGAAGCCUGCGGCCCAGGUCCCGGCGGGCCGGGGUGCGUCUGCAGGCCCACAACCAGCAGCUCCCACCCGGGACCCCACCCCAACGGGCACCCAGGCUUCUGAGGAAGAGCCCCGCGCCCUGCCCAGCGGAUGGGAGGUCCGGCACGCGGCCAACGGGAGGCCUUUCUUUAUCGACCACAACACCAAGACCACCACCUGGGAAGAUCCAAGACUGAAGACCCCGGCCCAGCUGAGGGGAAGAAACCCACCGGAUUCCUCAAAUGACCCGGCGCCCUUACCUCCAGGCUGGGAAGAAAGAACGCACACCGAUGGAAGAAUCUUCUACAUAAAUCACAAUAUAAAAAGGACUCAGUGGGAAGAUCCUCGGCUGCAGAAUGUACAAAUAACUGGACCAGCAGUGCCGUACUCCAGGGAUUACAAAAGAAAGUAUGAAUUCUUCCGAAGAAAGCUGAAGAAGCAGAACGACAUUCCAAACAAGUUCGAGAUGAAGCUGCGCCGCGCCACCGUCCUGGAGGACUCGUACCGGCGCAUCCUGGGCGUGAAGAGAGCCGACCUGCUCAAGGCGCGCCUGUGGAUCGAGUUCGACGGGGAGAAGGGCCUGGACUACGGCGGCGUGGCCCGCGAGUGGUUCUUCCUGCUCUCCAAGGAGAUGUUCAACCCCUACUACGGGCUGUUCGAGUACUCCGCCACGGAUAAUUACACCCUGCAGAUAAAUCCAAAUUCUGGAUUGUGUAAUGAAGAUCACCUGUCUUACUUCAAGUUCAUUGGCCGAGUAGCCGGAAUGGCAGUUUAUCACGGCAAACUGUUGGAUGGUUUCUUCAUCCGCCCGUUUUACAAAAUGAUGCUGCACAAACCAAUAACACUCCACGAUAUGGAAUCAGUGGACAGUGAGUAUUACAAUUCCCUGAGGUGGAUUCUUGAAAAUGACCCCACUGAAUUGGACCUCAGGUUUGUCAUAGACGAAGAGCUCUUCGGGCAGACACAUCAACAUGAGCUGAAAACUGGUGGAUCAGAAAUCGUUGUCACCAAUAAGAACAAAAAAGAGUAUAUUUAUCUUGUGAUACAAUGGCGGUUUGUGAACCGAAUCCAGAAGCAAAUGGCUGCUUUUAAAGAGGGAUUUUUUGAACUGAUACCCCAGGAUCUCAUCAAGAUCUUCGACGAGAACGAGCUAGAGCUUCUUAUGUGCGGGCUGGGAGACGUGGACGUGAGCGACUGGCGGGAACACACCCAGUAUAAGAACGGCUACAGCGCCGGCCACCAAGUCAUCCAAUGGUUCUGGAAGGCUGUUCUAAUGAUGGAUGCUGAGAAGAGGAUACGGCUACUCCAGUUUGUCACUGGCACCUCCCGGGUGCCCAUGAAUGGAUUUGCUGAACUCUACGGAUCAAACGGACCACAGUCAUUCACUGUCGAGCAGUGGGGUGCCCCCGAGAAGCUGCCCCGGGCCCAUACCUGCUUUAACCGCCUGGACUUGCCGCCCUACGCGUCGUUUGAAGAAUUGUGGGACAAGCUUCAGAUGGCAAUUGAGAACACUCAGGGUUUUGAUGGAGUCGAUUAAGUUCCACCUAACAGCCGGUAGUGUUUUACUGCCACUUUUUUUUUUUUUUUGGUAUUAAAUAAGCAAAAUCUUGGCGUAAAAUUUUCCAGGAAAUUACUCAAGCGGCCAUUGCUUCUUCCCGGGUUUUGAAGAAAAUAAAAACAUUCGAAGGAGUGUGACAGUUCCACCAGGGUUUCACUUCGUUUUUGCUCUUUCAAAUUCACACUGUCGGAUGGAAGUCCUGUGUGCGCGGAAGAGUGACAUGUCCUUAACAUUUAUCCCUUUCAUCGCAUGUCCCAGGCAGUUCUUUCUUAAACUACUGAGAUUAUAACUGUGAAAAUAUUUGUGGGGAAGUGUCAUGUGUGGAAAUUUGUGAUGCUUUGCGAGAAAGGAAAUGGAAAUCUGGAAAAAAGAAUACCUUCAUUCUGAGUAAACUACACACUACUUCAAACUCUUGAGAUUAUUUAUUAUUUUGUAGACCUGCCUUGCACUUAAAUCCCAGAUCUUUUUAAAAACCUUAACAGUAUUUAGUCUGUAUUUCUCACCACCUGAAUCACUUGGCAUAAACUUCGUAUUCAUCUGAAGAGUAUUUGACUGUUAGUAUGUAGUUUUGGUUCAUAAAACUGGUUUGUAAAACAUAUGAAGUAAAUUUGACCUUGCAAAAGGUGAAGAGUAUGAAGGCUUUUCUUUAGCCUCUUGAUCCUGAGGGUUCAUUGGUAUUGUCAUUACUUUUUCAUGUCUUAAUUUUGUUAAAGAAUUCCUUCUUUAAAUAUUAAACUAAAGAUCCACCAAACAGUAUUUCUAAAAUAUGCCUUGAAGAACAAAAUUAAAUGUGUAAUACUUGCUUCUAUUGGUUAUUCUUUACACUUGCACAAUUGUUUAGUAAAGUAUAUGUUUACAGGAUUUAUUAUGUUUACAGAUAAGCUAACUUCUCUAGUACAUUUUUAUAUUUGUAGCAUUUCUCUUAUGUCAGAAAGCCAAAAUUUUUGUCUUAAAAAAACAACCAAAGAAUAGUUACAAUGUGUAAUUGGUGUUAAAUUUAUUACUGUAUUUUGUAUGCUUUUAAAAAAUAUUGUUUACUAUGAAAAAAACGUUGUUUUACUGUAAAUCUCAUGAAGCAAAAUCUGCAGGUAGGAUUCUAGUUUAGCCAAACUAAUGUACGGUAGAAGAACUGUGUGCGUGGAUUCAGUGAACACUUACUGGAGUAUCUGCCACCUGCACAGUAUGGGCCAGAGCCUGUGUUGAGACGGCUGCUUCCAGGACCUCUGGCUCCGUCCUGUCCUCAAGGGACUUACAAACUCGUAAAUGAAUUCGUGAGCGAUCAAAAACCAGGGUGAGUGGAAUAAGGCAAAGGAAAGAUGUUGCUCUGUGCCUGUCAAGUAUGAAGUAUGCCAAGACUGCAUCCCAUGUCUCAGAUCGAUGCUAGAGUGAGAACAUGGAAAAUGUUCUUGAAGAAUUAAACCUAUUUCUAUGGCAUCUUGGUGAUUUUGGUAUAACUGUUAGUACGUGUUCUGAAUUUUCUUAUACAUGUAUGUAGUCUGGGAACUGUGAAAAGUGCUUCUGGCCAUUGUUUGAAGUUCUGGGGGGGUAUAACCCAGGGGAGACUUUGACAGGUCUCAGAGGUGAAAGCAGCAAAGCCAUUUUCCAAAAACACCACAUCAACAGCUGACCUUGGGCAGUCACUCACAGAUCAGUGCUCCUGCUUCAUCUUUACCUGUGUUCACUUGCGUUCAAACAGGACCACCUGGUGUGGGUUUCUCAUCUGCUGACUAUUUAAUCAGACCAACUCACUCAACCUCUUGGGCCUCCUAUUUAUCAGCCAAGUGAGAGUCAUCACACCUUUUGUCAUUUUAAGAUUGUUGUAAGUUCCGCUGAGAUACUCUGUGAAGUAUCAGUCAGAAACUGCUUCAUGCUGCGCAUCUGAUGUUAUCAAAAAUCCAGUGUGUACCCCAACUACACUCACAAGGAGAACCGCUUCAUCCUAAAGUGAGAUGACAGCAAAUAGACAAGGACGUAGGAACAUGUAAUUUUGACUGCCUGGAGAUAUACAUGUACCCUUCAGUUGAUCUACAUAUAUAGAGACAUUUUCAUCUAUAGAGGAAUCUUACUCUCAGAAUGCAGUUUGCCCUCAUAAGUAAGGUCAUAUGAAUCUAAGCACCAUUGCAUUUUGGAAUGUUCCUAUCCUGUAGAACUGAAUGCCAGAAACUAUUCUUGUUAAAAUAAGAUUUUACUACAGUAUUAUUUAACUGCCACUUCCAAGAAAGAUCAUUGCAGGUAUCAGACCUUCAGAAAACAUGAAGCUUGCUUUUCACUUGAUUUAUUUUUUUCGGAUGAUGCUAAGACUUGAGUGAAACAGGCUCACCGUGAGACCAUAUCUACCCACACCAGCACAGAACCGCCCUUAUCCUCAGGGAUGAUCAGAUUUUCACAACACGGACCCGCAUCCCACACAAAAAAGUGUCUCACACUUAUUUUAGUGAUAAAGAGUAAGUAGGGUCAUUUUUGAAAAGCAAGGACAUGAUAUUUUUCUAGCCAUUAUAAGACAUUUAACCUAUAUUUUGUCUAAUUAGAUACAUUUUUCAUAUUGACAUAAAAUUGUAUUACAAUGGUAUAUAAGCUUAACUCAAAUUUAACUUACCUGUUUUCAUGUUCAUUGAUAAUGCUGGAACUAUUCCUUCUGACUAUGAAAUUAAACAGCUAUUUAAUUAUAAGCCAUUUGACCUUAUUUUUAAAAAUUCAAUAAGGAAGAUAUGUAUAUAUCAAGAUUAAUGUAUCAGAAUGUAUUGCAUCCUUGAAAGUAUAAAUCCUUGUUUAAAAUUCUUGCUGCCCCAAAUAAAAGUCUGUUCUAAUUUU